AUGGAAGAAGGGAAUAUACCACAUAGUAACUUUUUCGAUUCAAAGAACAAAGUGCAUUUGAGCGUUAAGCAAAAUAAAAUCUCAUACUUUCCUCUAAGCCAAACCCAAUAUCCAAUACAAACAGAUAAAAAUCAAAGCAAUGCUCAAGUAAACAAAAAGGUCAAACCAGCAAAAGAAAGCAAUGUUGCUUUAACAUCUUACAAAGGCUCCCAAUCCAGUUUUGACCUUACGCCAAUACUUUCCGUUGGCAUAUUUGUUGGCAUUUUAGUCGCAUUGGUGUGCAUUGGUAUCGGGACCAUUGCCGCUUUGAAAUUGCGUUCCCAUAAACAACAACAAAAAUAUCGCAACCAAAAUCAGAAAUUUUCACGUCCUGGCAAUUUGCAAAUUAAGGACAAAAUUUCGUUGCCAAUAAGUCAUUCUGAGGAAAUGUACGACGAGAAAAAUCCGGAUGUAGUGCCCUACAAUGAAGUUGAUGGCGAAUAUAAACAAAAAUCAGCAACACAAACACCAUCAGGACAUCUUUCGUCGACAAGUGAAGCGGAAAUCAGCUGUAAGCCGCCAACGGACGAGCGUGGAUUAUAUCAGAACAGCAAGGACGAAGAACUCCACUAUGCUGAGCUCUCAUUGGCUACCGGUAGUAAUGUAGCAAGUACAUCAGCACCUAAAAAGUCAUUAUCUGUUGAUUGCAGCAGCACACUACUCUUACAAAGUGCUGGCAUAAGUCCCAAUUUGGGUGCUGGUGGCACUCUACCACAUGGCUCCAGCGUACGUAAACUACUACCAAAUUUGCCCGCCACCGCUACGCUGCAACGUAACAAACCCAUCUCAGACACAUCGCACAAUUACGAUUACUUCGAAGAACCAACGAUAUAUGCACAAAUUGAUCAUUAUAAAACUACAACUGGUGGUUCAAGCGUUUUGGGUAAUGCCGCUUCCUCCUGCACAACAUCAACAUCUGUAUCACCAUUCCCGCCAUGCAUUUCUUCACCAGUUUCACAAGGCACACCCUCAACUGUAUCACCUGGCACUGUGCAAAUGUACACACUACCUUCACAUCCAGGCGGUUAUCACACAUUACCACACAAUCAUCAACAGCAUCACCAACAACAGCAGCAGCAGCACCAUCUACAGCAACACACACCACAAGGCGUAAGCAAUAUGUUGCAAAUGGUGCCCACAGCUAGCAGUAGUGUCUAUCAUCAUGGUACGCUACCCAUGCCACCAAGCUAUCAGCAACACCAGCAGCAGCAGCAACAACAACAACAGCAACAUAUGCAUGCUCACGGUCAAAUUUUAGUUUCUAGUAGCAGUAGCGGUUUGACUUCUGCCACUGCUGCCAUCACUAGUCCUAGCAGUUCACUCUCCGGUCUCUCAGCAGUUGGCAAGUCGUAUUCACGCGAAAUCGUCACUGUGCGUACUCCGCUUAUGUACUCACAGCAAGAGAGUUGUGUUUAAAGGAAAGAAAGAAAAGAACAAUAAAAACUUACAGGUGGCGAAUUGCUUGGGCCUAAAAUAAAAGCGAGACAACAGCAUUUAAGUGAAGAUUACAUUUGAUUUGAGGUAAGAAAUGCUCUAUAAGUUAGAAGAACUGAAUUCCGUGUUAACGCAUGAAUCCUUCGUAAAAUAUUACAAAAAAAUCUACAGAAAAGAAGGAAUUUGUAUAAUUUUAUUCUUGCUGGGUUGUAUGUUUUAUAUGUAAAUGUGGUACGACAUAAAUAAUUAUACUAAUAUACCUAAGAGUAUAUGUGUAAGUUGUAAAUAAGAUAUAGAUUAACUUAAACUGAAAUAAAUAAAAUUAAUUA